AAGGUCCAUUUACCUUCGUGGUUGAUAAAGAAAAUUCAUUACAGAAAGUAACAUAUAAGCAUAUAUAAAUAUAUAGGAUGAUGACGAGGCAACUGGGUUAGAAUUAUAAUAAUAUAAAGAAAGAUAGGAGCGGUUGCAGUGUGAAUUGUGAUUUAAAGGCGUCAAGAGAAAUAGAAACAGAGUUCUUUUAGAAAAGAAAACAAAGAAGGAAAACUUCUGAAGGGGUUUCUUAGGAUAAUUGUCAAGUGCGAAGUAUAAGUUUUAAGGGCUAAAUUUAGAUGCAAAGGAAAGAAUAUACAGAUAAUUUAUACAUACAUAUAGACAGACCCAAAGGAAGACUUUUGGAGAGAGAGAGAGAGAGAUGGUGGGCUCAGGAGGAGCAGAUAGGAGCAAAGAAGCUGUUGGGAUGAUGGCCCUUCAUGAGGCCCUUAGAAGCGUCUGUCUCAACUCAGACUGGACUUACUCUGUCUUCUGGACUAUCCGUCCUCGCCCAAGAGUCAGAGGUGGUAAUGGUUGCAAGGUUGGAGACGAUAAUGGGAGCUUGAUGUUAAUGUGGGAAGAUGGUUUUUGCUGGGGAAGAGGAGGAGAUGGUCUGGAAGAGAUUGAUGGAGAAGAUCCUGUCAGGAAAGCUUUCAGCAAAAUGUCUAUCCAGUUAUAUAAUUAUGGAGAAGGGUUAAUGGGAAAAGUUGCUUCAGAUAAGUGUCAUAAAUGGGUUUUCAAAGAACCUUCUGAAUGUGAACCUAACAUCUCCAACUACUGGCAGAGUUCUUUUGAUGCUCUUCCUCCAGAAUGGACUGAUCAGUUUGAGUCUGGCAUUCAGACCAUUGCUGUCAUUCAAGCUGGCCAUGGACUUCUACAACUGGGUUCUUGCAAGAUUAUACCUGAAGACCUUCAUUUUGUGCUAAGAAUGAGGCAUACCUUUGAAUCUUUAGGUUACCAAUCUGGUUUCUACCUUUCCCAGCUCUUUUCCUCAACCCAAAAUACUUCUGCAUCUUCAAUUCCUUCUAAGCAAUCUGUCAUUCCAACCUGCCUACCUCCACCUCUCUUCAACAGGGGUCAAAUGCCACUCCCAUCUGCAGCUUCUAUGCUUUCUUCGCCAAAUUUUCAAAACCCAGCAGCUAGACUUGGAUUUCCACAAGCCAAAGAUGAGCCCCAUAUGUUCAUCCUUCCUCAUUCAGCAGAAACCCGAAUGGAAGAAAUGAUAGGAGAGCCUGAAAAUGACAUUAAAUGGCCUAAUGGGUUGUCUCUCUUCAAUGCUUUAACCGGAAGAACUAAUGAUGCCAAGCUUUUGUUUAACCCUGAGGGCUUGGGGAACAAAGCAGACCAAAACCACCAUAGUGCAAGCAGUGCAAAUCCCAACGAGUUCUUGAGCUUGGACAGCCAUCCAGAUAGUGCACGAAAAAUGGAAAACAAGUUCGAAAGGAGCUUUACUUUGCCUGCAAGAAUGGCCACAUUGUCUUCUUCCACUUCAAUUGAUCACCAUCAGCAACAACCUGCUGAGUACAGGAAUUCCGAAGCAGGGAUGUAUACGGAUGUCAUGGAGACUUUCUUGGAGUGAAAUCUACAGAAGGCCUGUAUUAGAGCGAGAAAGGGUGAGGAAGUUGUAUCUAGGAAAAAGCUUUUGUGAACUUUUGCUACUGGGAUUCUUGUGUUUGUUUUCAUGUUCUUCAAGUACAUUGUGUUCCUUUUAUCAGUUUAGUACUGAACUUUUUGAUCA